AUGAACACUGACGAACUAAACGCUGAAUACCGAAAAGCAGCACAGAAGUACAAAAACAUCUCCGAUGCAUCGCGCAAAGAUCCAACAAACUCUUCCCUAGCAGAACAAGUUACCACUUCACGCCAGCGUCUUGAAGAUAUAAAAAAAUGGACAUCGCAAUUGAAGACAGAUGAUGGCCAGAAACGGGCUACGCAGAUGCGGAAGGAGAUCGAUCAACGUAAUUCCCAAAUCGAUCAAGUGAUUGAAUCGAUGAAAUCAUUAGCGGCAGCGGAUAUUUGUUUCCUCGUCGAUUGUACUGGUAGCAUGAGCACAUAUAUUACCGCAGUAAAAACGCAGAUCACUCAAUUAACGGAUACGAUCACGGCGAUGUUUGAUGCUCGCAUUCGUUUGGCUUUUAUUGGCUAUCGAGAUAUCAACGAAAAUAUUGAUCAGUUGGAUUUCACCGAUAAGACCGAUUCGUUUAAAACAUUUUUGGAUGGGGUGCAGGCCAGUGGCGGUGAUGAUAUCUGUGAAGAUGUCUUUAGUGGAUUAGAAACCGUCGCCAAGCUAAACUGGGAAAAUCCUAACCGAAUCCUCAUUCAUAUUUGUGAUGCGCCAUGCCACGGCACUGACUAUCACGAUCUCAAACGCGCUACAGACGAUAAAUAUCCAAACGGUGAUCCGAACAAUCGUACUGCUAAAACGUUACUGGACUCCCUCAAACGACUGAGAAUUACCUACUGUAGCAUUCAAUUAACUGCUGACACCAAGAAAAUGUUCACGAAGUUCAUUUUCAUUUAUGGUCCAAUACACGAGAUCAAUAUUAGUGACCCAGCUGCACUAAUGAAAGAAAUCAGUAAAGAAGCUACUUCUAUCAUCGUAUCGGGUAUCUCGUCAACAAUGUCCGCCUUUCGCAUCAGAAAUAGUACAGUGAAGAACUACACCAUUCGCUCCGAGGAAUCGAAUCCCGUUUACAUAUCAGUCAUCAAAGUUGACGUGACGACACUCCAGCCGCCGACUGAUCUCGCCGACAUUUUUCGACCACUCCGUGAUGAAAAAAGUAGUGGAUCGAUGAAGAUUGCAUUAAAUCCUUUCGGUAAAGGUUCACUUCGUUACGUUUUUCAAGGCGAACUAACUAACGAAGAUCUUUGGUAUACAAAGAUGGUCUACAAAGAAUUUAUCAGUACUGCUCCCGAUAUGAAUACACUUGCAGCCUACCACGAACAACUCGAAAUCCAAGUCAUCUCUCAAUUUCUCGCCAAAACUUUCAACAAGAAGGUGAAAGAGAACCUGAUUCACUAUGUAGAUGCUCACGUGGUUCAACAGAAAUACAAUCCGAUGAAGAUCUAUCAAGUAGAACGACAAUUGAAAGGUCAAUGGUGCAAAUGGAAUAAUAACAGUGGUUACGUCUCUCUACAGAACUUCUCCGCGGCUUUACAAGCAUUCUCACAUUGGACGUAUCAAUAUACAAAUGGUCGUCUGAUGGUCGUCGAUUUGCAAGGUGUGCAAAACGAAGGCGUUUAUCACCUCACAGAUCCAGCCGUACAUUGUGAUAGUUUAUUACGCUUUCAGCACACACGGACCAAUCUUGGCAAUAAGGGCAUGUGCGAAUUUUUUCGUACGCAUGUUUGCAACCAGAUCUGCACCCAACUAGAUCUGAAGACACCUGCAUUCAAAGAUCUCGCACGCGAAAGCCAUAAAAAAUGUACAAGUACUCUCAGGCCAUACCUUCCAGAAAUCAAGGAAGAAGACGCUCCAACGGUGACAACAUUACCAUUCACUCCUGGACGGUGA